UGGUCAGUCGGGCAGGUCCAGAUGAGUCCAGUGUCCUCAAACAUCAGCCGCGGGCUCUUCUGCUCCUCCGAAAUCCCUCAAAAACUCACACAGGUACCCGUGAACAUCCACACUUCACGCGCACCUGGCGGCUUUCUGAAGCUCAGCCUAUAGGGCGUGGAAAAAAGACAGGAAUUGUUUUCGACGAUUGGAUUCCCAACAUCGCCCAUAGUUCCUCGGAUUUCCCUUAACAAAGUGAACUGCCUCCCCGGCUUUUCUCAAGGAAUACGCUUUUAUUUUUUCCUCCUGCUUCGGCGAUCUUGUUUUUGGGAGACGAAUAAUGUAAAGCUUCAUCGCGAUCGGACUCUUGCAGUUUAAAGGACAAGAAAUCUUGAUCCGCCGUCGCGAGUUGUUUCUCGGAAAGAGAGACAGUACAUCGGCGGCAGAGCAGAGCAAAGGCGGUUGACAAUGUCCAUUCACAAGAUGGCGACAGAGACCGCGUGAUAAGCCCUUAGAGGAGAAAAACUCGUAGUUUCAAACUACAGCUGAUCAAAUCAUUAUAAAAUUGCGUGUCUGCAGCAGUUCUCAAGAGGAUCAGCGGAAACACAAGAGGAGGAGGAGGGCUGAGAGAGAGCGAGAGAUAGAGGGGGAAAGUCAAAAAAUAUGGCGUGGAGGGCCCUGGCAGCUUUGUCUCUACUGCUGUGUUUUGGCUCAUCUUGCUGUGAUGAUGCUCAAGAACAGUUCUCGUCUCCAACCAUCAUCAAUAAUGUGGUCCAGGACCCUCAAACCGGCAGGAUCUACCUUGGAGCUGUCAAUGGGAUCUUUCAGCUGAACCAUAAUCUACAGGAGGAGAGCAGAGCAGACACAGGCCCUAAGAAAGACAACCCACAAUGCACUCCACCGAUCACUGCGCAGUGCACCGAUGCGAAGGAAAUGGACAACAUUAACAAACUCCUUCUGGUUAACUCCGCCAAUGGCACCUUGAUUGUUUGUGGAAGCCUUUUCAGGGGCAUCUGCUCUUUGGUAAACCUCAACAGUGUGAAUAAACCGGUGUACUACAGUGACACCAAAGGAGAGAAAACAUACGUUGCAAGCACUGAGGAAUUGGUCACUGUGGUGGGGGUCAUUUCUUAUUUUACGGACACUAAUACUAAUGCUAACCUCAGUGUGUUUCUAGUGGGAAAGGGCUAUGGAAGUUCGGACAGCUCAAAGCUCAUUAGCACUCGGUUGCUGCAGGAACAUGGAGAAAUGGAUGUUUUUGAGAACAUGGUUGAAGCUUCCACUGUUCAAACGAGUCCGUUUGUCCAUCGGAACCACCACGAUUUUCGCUACAUGUUUAAAGAUAAUAACUACAUCUACUUUCUGUUCUCCCGCACUCCUGGCACUAGCGACAGCAGGAAGAUUACGUUUAUAGCACGCCUUUGCGAGAACGACCAUCAUUAUUAUUCUUACACAGAACUUCAGCUCAACUGCACCGUUAGAACUGAGCAACAAGAGAACACAUUCAACAAAGUCCAAGCAGCGUAUCUGGCUAAACCUGGAAAGGUUUUGGCUCAGAAUAUCGCCUCAUCAAAUUCAAAUGAUAAGGUUCUGUUUGGAGUGUUCAGUGCAGAUGAGGAGGAUGGGCGGUCAGCAUUGUGCAUGUACCCUCUUAGCAGCAUUAAUGCCAGGUUUGAGGAGGUGAUUGAGUCCUGCUACACAGGAGAGGUUCUGGAGGAUGACAAACCAAAGACUGUUUAUUCACCCUACAACUCCAAGAAUGAAGCCAUCUGCAAGACCAAAAGAGAUAAGCACAUGGUGAAGAAAUAUAAAUGUGGCGCAGAGUUCCUGCCAUCUCCACUAGCCAGUAAACCUGAAUAUGCUUUAGCUGUCAAGCCCAUCUACACCAGGAAUGACAUGCUGACAGCUGUAGCUGUGGCGGUGGAGAACGAACACACUGUGGCAUUCUUGGGAACCAGUGGUGCAGACGUAUUGAAGGUUCAUCUUGACCCAAACCACACUGACUUUUACAACAGAAUUCCAGGGGAGCGUGCAGAUGGCGGGGUUAACAAAAACCUCUUAUUUGAUUCAACUUUGGAUCACCUGUAUAUCACCACUGGCAAAAAGAUCUCCAAAGUGCCAGUGCAGGCCUGUGAGCACAGAGAAGAUUGUCACUCAUGUGUUUCCCAGCGGGACCCAUAUUGCGGCUGGUGUGUGUUGGAGGGCCGCUGCACCAGGAAAAAGGAUUGUCGAAAAGGAGAUGGAGAAAACGCCUGGUUGUGGAGUCCAAAACAAACAUGUGUAACUAUUCAGUCCUUUGAGCCCCCCAACAUCAGCUGCAAGAAAACAGAUAGUACACAGGUGGUGAUCAACAUCCCGUCUCUCCCGAGCAUCAGCAGUCCUGAUAGGCUGGAGUGUGUGUUUGACGACGACUACAGGAGUGAUGCAAUGAUGGAGGACACUCGGGUGACCUGCUACCUCCCCACCUCGGACUACAUCCCACCAACACCUGAGACACAAGAUUUUGUGGCAGUGCCAUUGAAAAUCACUGUGAAUGACAAGAUUGACGUGGCAUCAAGUGCGUUUGAGUUUUACAACUGUGCUGCCGUGGUGAAAAAAUCAGAAAAUACACCGUGCAUUGCAUGUGUAACCAGUAAGUGGGGCUGUCAGUGGAAUAUUCAGGAUCACACAUGCAGUGAUAAAGAUGACUCUGUCCAUGGGAGUCAUAUAAUCGGAAACAAGGAGGCUGAACUAUGUCCUCAGUUUGGGAUUCCUGAGCCUCUGCGUAUUCCUGUUGGUUAUAAAACCCCCAUCACAUUUACUGGCAAAAAUCUGCAAAAAUAUUCGGGCAAAACCUUUCAGAUCGGCACCGAGCUCAUGAAACAGGUGGGCGAAGUGACUGUGGAGGCCGAUGGGUUAAAGUACAGAUUUGAGGGAUACGAGUUUGCGUAUGACAAAGAGCCAGAGGUGAAUGUGACGUUCUACAUAAAGGAUAAAGACACGGAUAGGAAGAUUGACAGCACCCUGAGAGUGGUUCUCUACAACUGUUCGGUUAGGCGUGAGGACUGCAGUCUGUGUAAAAAUGCAGACCAGAAUUAUAGCUGCGUGUGGUGCGACACUACAAAAUCCUGCAUCUACACAAGCCUGUGUCGCAAUGAACUGGCACAGUGUCCUCCUCCAAAGAUCACCGAAAUUGUUCCGCGUUAUGGGCCAAUGAACGGAGGCAUCCCCGUCACAAUAAAAGGCUCAAAUUUGGGCAUCAAGGAGGAGGACAUUAUGAGAAUCACUGUGGCUAGAGUUCCAUGCAUUCAUCAGCCAGAGCUAUACUCGGUUUCUACUAGUGUUGUGUGUGAAAUCGGCCCUUUCCCCUCACCUCCUGAAGAUCUGCCGAAUCCACCCAGCCAAACCGGGCUGGUGGAGGUAGCGGUGAAAGGAGGAAGAACGGGAGUGUCUGACGUGGAAUUCACAUACAGGGAUCCAAUCCCAGAGGCUGUGUUCCCUGCUAAAGGCCCUGCAGCUGGAGGAACCGUCAUCACAAUCACAGGACGGAACCUCGACUCGGCCAGUAAAGAUGACAUCAGCAUCACAGUGGACAAAGAGCCAUGUGAAGUGUUGACGUUUGGGCAUGAGAUCACCUGCAAGACUGGCCCAUAUAAAAUCCAAAAGGUUCCCUCGGGAAAGUUGCCUGUUAUCGUGAAGUAUGGCAAGUACACUGUUAAGACGGUCAAUGCAUUUGAAUACUCGCCUGAUCCCAAAGUUUCUGAUUAUCUUCCACGGUCCAGCUUUGUUUGCGGUGGUCGCAGGAUCUUAGUGAUGGGCUCUGGAUUUGAUCAGGUUCAGAGAGCCACCAUGCGAGUGCUGCCCUCUUCUGACGAGUUUGAUGUCAAGUCCAGCAAUGUGGAGUUUGCUCAAGAAGUGGAAAAGAAGAACGAGACAACGCUGGAGUUUCUCUCUCCGGUUGUGAAUAAGACAUACAUCAACCUGUCCUUAAGAACCGUCAUCCAGCUGGACAACCUGGUGCUCAAUCUGACAGAUUUCGUUUACCAUCUGGACCCACACUUCGAUAAACUCAAAGAUAAAGCCAUAACGGAGAGCAGCAUCAUCAACAUUAAUGGCAAAGGUUUUUCCAAAGCUAUGACUGCCAAAGAGGCGCAGGCGUUUGUGGGUGACGAGUCGUGUCUGGUGACAAUCCUGGAGGAUGAUAAACUGUUCCUGGUGGCCCCGUCCAGCCCUCCAAAAUCCACCUCCAGACGCCAUCGAAGAGACACCAGCUCAGAUGCCUUGGAGCUGCUGAUCAAGUUUGGAAAUGGAGAGUGGAAUGUAGGCUCUGUGCGAUUCGAGAGGAAAUACGAGGUUCCCCUUUACAUCAUCAUUCCCACUGUUCUCAUUCCCAUGGUGCUCUUCAUUGCAGUGUCCAUUUAUUGCUACAGGAGGAAAAGCCAGCAGGCAGAACGAGAAUAUGAGAAGAUCAAAAAUCAGCUUGCAAAUUUGGAGGAUAGUGUUCGUGAUCGCUGUAAAAAGGAGUUCACAGAUCUAAUGAUAGAGAUGGAGGACCACACUAGUGAUCUGAGUGAAGCUCGAAUCCCAUUCCUGGACUAUAAGAACUACACCGACCGCGUUUUCUUCCUGCCCUCUAAAGACGGAGCCAAUGAUGUCAUGAUUACCGGCAAGCUGGAUAUCCCAGAAAACCGCAGAGCCAUCGUAGAUCAGGCACUCAACCAGUUCUCCAACCUCCUGAACAGCAAAACCUUCCUCAUCAAUUUUAUUCGUACCCUGGAGGGUCGGCAGGAGUUCAAUGCCAGGAAUAAAGUUUACUUCGCCUCCUUGUUGACGGUGGCGCUGCAUGGCAAGUUGGAGUACUACACUGACAUCAUGAGGACUCUUCUGCUGGAGCUCAUGGAGGAAUAUGUUCACAGCAAGAACCCCAAACUCAUGCUCCGCAGAUCCGAGACAGUUGUGGAGAGGAUGUUGUGCAACUGGAUGUCGAUUUGUCUCUACCAGUUCCUGAAGGACUCAGCCGGCGAGCCGCUCUAUAAGCUCUUUAAGGCCAUUAAACACCAGGUGGAAAAAGGCCCUGUUGAUGCCAAGAUGAAGAAAGCCAAGUACACUCUCAACGACACAGGGCUUCUGGGAGAUGAUGUUGAGUACAGCAUUUUGACCCUGCAGGUACUGGUUCAUGGCGAGGGUCCGGACGUGACCCCGGUCAAAGUACUAAACUGCGACACCAUCUCGCAGGUGAAGGAGAAGAUCAUCGAGCAGGUGUACAGGAAUCUGCCUUAUUCCCAGAGGCCCGUGGUGGACAGCGUCGCUCUGGAGUGGCGUCCUGGUUCUACAGGGCAGAUUUUGUCUGAUCUGGACUUGACCUCACAGAAGGAGGGAAGGUGGAAACGGAUCAACACACUGGCACAUUAUAAUGUGCGAGACGGAGCCACCCUGGUCUUAUCCAGAGUCCUGCACACCCAGCAGUCCUUCGACCAGAACAUGGACAACCAUGAAGAAAGAAAUGCUUUGCUGGAGGAUGAUAAAGUGUUUCACCUGGUGAGACCAGCGGAUGAGCUGGAGGAGGUCAAAUCUAAAAGAGGGAGCAUGAAGGACAAGGCCACCACCAAAGCCAUCACUGAGAUCUACCUGACAAGGCUGCUGUCCAUGAAGGGAACGCUGCAGCAGUUUGUGGAUGAUUUCUUUCGCAGUGUGUUGUGUUCAGGGACUGUGGUUCCUCCAGCCGUCAAGUAUUUCUUUGACUUCUUGGAUGAACAAGCCCAAAAACAUGACAACGUUGAUGAUGAGACCAUCCACAUAUGGAAGACCAACAGUCUUCCUCUUCGUUUCUGGGUGAACAUCUUGAAGAAUCCUCACUUCAUAUUUGAUGUUCACCUGACUGAAGUAGUGGACGCGUCUCUGUCCGUCAUCGCUCAGACCUUCAUGGACGCCUGCACUAAAACUGAGCACAAACUGACGCGGGAGUCUCCCAGUAACAAACUGCUUUAUGCAAAGGAAAUCUCCACAUACAAGAAGAUGGUUGAUGAUUAUUAUAAAGGCAUUCGGCAGAUGGUUCCAGUCAGUGACCAAGACAUGAACACACACCUCGCAGAGAUUUCACGGUCUCACACAGAUAAGUUGAACACCCAGGCUGCACUGCACCAGCUCUACCAGUAUGCCAGCAAGUACUAUGAUGGGAUCAUCUCAUCGCUGGAGGAGGAUCCUGCCGCCCAGAGCAAACAACUGACCCUCAGACUGCAACAAAUCGCCGCCGCGCUGGAGAAUAAAGUCACCGACCUUUAGUGCCACUAAAUCCAAGACAAAGCUCAAUUUACUGGGCUUAAAAAAACCAAGACGUUUUUCUUGAGGACUCUUAAGUAUAAUAGAGCCUCCGAGUGAAAGGAAAAGGAAGCAAACGAAUCAUUUUGGAUUCAGAGGGACCAAUAUAAACUCUGAGCUGAGGAGAAUAAUAGUAGAAAAACACUCACAAUGGUACUUCUCAGAUCAGCACCUGCACAACGAAAAAAACCCAGCAUUUAUUUCGAUUUUUUUUUUCGUCCCGCUAGGCUAAUAAUCAGAUGUUCGGUAUAUUCUUCCUGUGUAGAUGAAUUUAAAAUAGUAUUAUAUGUAAAUAUAUUUUUACACUCGAGGCUGCGAAACGGAACGGAUUGAUUGUUGUUUGUUUUUCCGCUUCGUUUUCCUGUUCAGUUUGUGGUAUUACGAUGUCGCAUCCUGUGUGCUCGCCGAUUCAGUUUGCGGUGCGUAUGUUGUCACAUCCUGUGUGCUCGCGGUUCGGUUUGUGGUUUUAACGAUGUCACAUCUUGCUCGCUAUUCAGGUUGUGGUUUGUAUGAUGUCACAUCCUGUGGGCUCGCGGUUCAGUUUGUGGUUUGUAUCGGUGUUUGUGAUGCUGACGUCCAAACCAGUGCUUAUUUUGUCCCUCACAAGUAUUUUAAGCAUAUUUUUUAUCAUACAGCAAUGUCAGAUUUAGCACAGAGGCCAAGCGACUGUAAUCGAUACACGCUCAGAACAAAGGCUUAAGGUACUUUUACAUGCCUUUUGCUUUUGCGUCUUAUCCUGCGGUUGCAUUUUCUUUUGUAUCAUCUUUGAUUUCGUAUAUAUAUGUGCACUUUGACACGUGCUUGCCUUAUUUUAUGACACAAUUAUGAGUUUGUAUUUUAAAUCGACACAAUCGGAUUCAAUCAAGGAUGCUUUUCUUAAAAAGAAAUAUGUUUUAUUGUUUUGGGUUGAGAACUAUCCUGUUAAUGUGAUGAAAUGAGAUGCGAACGAUCACAGCGUUUGCCUUAAUAGCAAUAGUUUGGACUGAGAGCGACUCGUAUGCCAAUUAAAUCAUGACAUUAGUUUUUAUUUAGCUCAUUAUCGGUACUAUUCUCUUUUUUUUAAAGAUAUUUUUUAUUUAGAGCUCACCAAAGUUGAAAUAAAUCUUUUCGCAGCUGUCCGCAACCAUCUAAAGCUUCUGUUGUUUUAUAUAUAUAUAAAUGUAUAUCAAAUGAUCUAGUUAAACGUGUAAUUUAAUUCAUUGAAGUAAAGAAAAUCUGAAAGAUAUAAUGGUAAGGCAGCUUGAUGGUAAGUCUGUCGUCUAACGUUUUUAUUUGGUCGUUUAUGAAUGGUACGGUUUGCCCACCUGUUUGUUUGGACUCAAAUGUGCCAAAAGGAUUUUGUUUUUAUUCCUGAACUUCAUUAGUGUGAGUGACUAGUGUUGCCUUUUUGGUAGGCGGUGUCAAAGAGUCACACUGCGGCCAAUCAGAGGCUGGCACCGCCCAUUCUGAGCAUGAUGGACACAGCAGGAAACGCCUUUGAACUGUAAAUAUAAGCCCGACUGCCAAGAUUUUCCUAUUCUUUCUCUCUCUCUCGCUCCUCCUGCCAGUUCUCCUGUGUUGUCUAGCUAUGAGCGUGUCAAUAGCUUAUUGUAAAGCUUCUUGUUUGCCUUCCUUUACCAGGUAGUGCCUUACAAAAUAUGAGUAAUAAUGAUCAAUUUUGUGGUGAUUGUGUCUGCAUUAAAAUUUGCAAUAGGGACUUUA